UUUAACCACAGAGCAAUUAUCUUUGUCAACGAAUCUGUGGAAGUACUCGAAAUAGCAGCUUCGACGAAGCAAAAUCAAAAAAAUGCUGGGAAGGCAAAUUUACUUGUAGCGCUUUAUUUUGCCGUAAAGUUUAUUCUCAAUUCACUUGAUCCUCUUAAAGAUAAGAAGCGAGAAGCUAAGGCUAAAAGUGAAGAAGUACUGGGGAAACUUGGGGCUCGAAAUUUAAAAUUGAAUGAAUAUGAAGAGGUGAUUUUGUCGGAAGUAAUCUUUCCUGAUGAAAUAGCAGUUAGUUUUAAACAAAUUGGUGGUCUUGAUCCAAUCAUUCAAUCUCUUCGCGAGUCUGUUAUUUAUCCAUUAUGUUAUCCACAAUUAUUCACUUCGACAUCAGGAUUACUGGGAGUUUCAAAAGGAGUAUUGCUUCAUGGACCACCAGGAUGUGGUAAAACUAUGCUUGCUAAAGCUCUUGCCCGGGAAUCUGGUGCCACUUUCAUUAAUCUUCACGUUUCAACGUUAACGGAUAAAUGGUUUGGGGAGUCAAACAAAUUGGUUUCUGCUGUUUUCUCUGUUGCUAAAAAGAUUCAGCCAUGCAUCAUUUUCAUUGAUGAGAUUGAUGCUUUUUUGAGGGAGAGGCGAAGUAACGAUCAUGAAGUUACUGGAAUGAUGAAGGCUGAAUUUAUGAGUUUAUGGGAUGGACUUACGACAGAUGAAAACUCACGCAUAGUUGUUCUUGGUGCCACGAAUAGACCUAAUGAUAUUGAUUACGCAAUUCUCCGUCGCAUGCCAAAGCGUUUUGCGAUUCGGUUACCCAACGAGGAACAGAGGAGAAAUAUUCUCGAGAUUAUGUUACAGGAACAGAAUCUGGAAGAAAAUUUUGACUUUGACAAACUAGUGUCUCAAACAACCAAUUUUUCUGGAAGUGACUUGAAAGAAGCAUGUCGGAAUGCCGCUAUGAUUCCAAUUAGAGAAUAUAUGCGGGAUCAUGCUACUCCAGGGGGCGAGUUGAAGGAUAUUGAUCCAAAGGGAAUGGAUAUUCGGCCGUUGAGAUUUUCAGAUUUUUUUGUCCCCGACAACCCAAAUGAACUUCAAGAAAAUCGAGAAGCUAAGGGUGCAACAAUAACGUUAGAGCAAGAACUAUUAGACUAA